AUAUUGGCUUUUAGUCGUCACAAAUCCAUACAAUAACCAAAGUAAAAAAAAUACAAUGGCUAACAAGAAUUUUGGAAUUUGUUUAAUUCUUGCAUAUUUCUGUGCAUUAUCAUGGGCACAGAAUGUAGGCGAUACGCUCGUUUUGGUUGAUAAUUUGGCAAUUCGUGAAACUCAUUCAAUAUUUUUCAAAAGUUUACAAGAAAGAGGAUAUAAAUUGACAUUUAAAUCGGCUGACGAUCCAAAUUUGAUUUUAUCAAAAUAUGGCGAGUAUUUAUACCAGAAUCUAAUCAUCUUUGCUCCAUCGGUUGACGAAUUUGGAGGUGAUGUUAGUGUUGAUAAAAUAACAGAUUUCAUUGACAAUGGGGGAAAUGUUUUGGUCGCAUCGAGUUCCAAAUCAGGUGAAGCUUUGCGUGAAUUUGCAACCGAAUGCGGUUUUGAAGUUGAUGAAGAUGGUGCAGCUGUAAUCGAUCACCAUCACUAUGACAUUUCGGAUGCCGGAGACCACACGAAAAUCGUAGCAUCGCCUGAAAAUUUAAUUUCAUCUCCAUUAAUUGUCGGAUCGAAAAAUGUGGCUCCACUUUUGUAUGAAGGCACUGGACUCCUGGCCGACCGUGAAAAUAGCCUUGUUCUUCAAGUUUUAACAGCCGACUCGACUGCCUACAGUUAUAUUCCAGAAAAUUCAAUUAAAGAAUAUCCACAUGCUGUUGGUCGAGGCACACUUUUGAUAGCUGCUUUGCAAGCUAGAAAUAACGCUCGUGUCGUAUUUUCUGGUUCGUUGUUUUUCUUUUCCGAUAAAGCUUUUACGUCUGGCGUUUCCAAGUAUGGUGGUAAAUUUUAUGAAAAGUCUGGCAAUCAAGAAGUUGCAACCGCAAUCAGUAAAUGGGUUUUCGGAGAAGUUGGACGUCUACGUGUGGUUAAUAUUGAACAUCAUAAGGUUGGAGAAACCGAAGCUCCACAGGCAUACACCAUUAUCGAUCCAGUUGUCUAUACCAUAUCUAUCGAAGAGUUAAUUUCCGGAAAAUGGCAAUCAUUCAAAGCAAACGAUAUUCAAUUGGAAUUUGUUCGAAUCGAUCCAUUUGUACGCACUACAUUGAAGAAUAUUGGUGGCGGAAAAUAUCAAGCUCAAUUCAAAAUUCCCGAUGUAUAUGGAGUUUAUCAGUUUAAAGUGGACUAUGAUCGCAUAGGAUACACCCAUCUUUAUAGUACAACUCAAGUUUCUGUUCGCCCAUUGCAACACACUCAAUACGAACGUUUCAUACCAAGCGCAUUCCCAUAUUAUGUUAGCGCAUUCUCUAUGAUGGUCGGUCUUUUCAUUUUCUCAUUUGUUUUCAUCUAUUUCAAAGAUGAUGCUGUUACAGGUAGCGCAAAACAAAAGGGCGAAUCCGUAAAAUGAUUAAGAAAAUCAUUUGAGAAAUUUCAUUUUAAAAUUAAGAAAUUCGAAA